CCGCGGGGCCGCCGCCGGUCACCGCGGGGAGGCGCCGGGACGGGGUGGCCGCGAUGCUGGAGAACGGCUCCCUGAGGAACUGCUGUGACCCGGGUGGGCGCGGCCGCCUCGGCUUGGCGGAGCGGGAGGCGGCAGCGGCGGGCGUCCCGCGGCCCGCCUGGGUGGUGCCGGUGCUGUCCAGCGUGCUGAUCUUUACCACCGUGGUGGACAUCCUGGGCAACCUCCUGGUCAUCCUCUCCGUCUUCAAGAACCGCAAGCUUCGGAACUCAGGUAAUGCAUUUGUGGUGAGCCUAGCUUUGGCUGAUCUGGUGGUGGCCUUGUAUCCAUAUCCACUGGUGCUCUUAGCUAUUUUCCGCAAUGGAUGGACACUGGGUGAAACGCACUGCAAAGCGAGUGGCUUUGUGAUGGGACUGAGUGUAAUAGGCUCCAUUUUCAACAUCACUGCAAUUGCAAUAAACAGAUAUUGCUACAUAUGUCAUAGUUUUGCCUAUGACAAAGUGUACAGCUGUUGGAACACAAUGCUGUAUGUCUCCUUAGUCUGGAUUUUAACAGUGAUUGCAACUGUGCCAAAUUUUUUUGUUGGCUCUUUGAAGUAUGAUCCACGCAUCUAUUCGUGCACGUUUGUCCAGACUGCAAGCUCCUACUAUACGAUAGCUGUUGUGGUCAUUCACUUCAUUGUCCCUAUCACCAUUGUCAGCUUCUGCUACCUUCGAAUUUGGGUUUUAGUGCUUCAAGUCAGAAGACGAGUCAAGUCAGAAACAAAGCCAAGAUUGAAGCCAAGUGACUUCAGAAACUUUCUUACUAUGUUUGUGGUUUUUGUGAUUUUUGCCUUUUGCUGGGCACCUCUAAACUUCAUUGGACUGGCUGUAGCCAUUGAUCCUACGGAAAUGGCACCAAAAGUUCCUGAAUGGCUAUUCAUUAUAAGCUACUUAAUGGCCUAUUUCAACAGCUGCCUUAAUGCAAUAAUAUAUGGUCUUCUUAACCAGAAUUUUCGGAAUGAAUAUAAACGAAUUUUAAUGUCACUGUGGAUGCCAAGGCUUUUCUUCCAGGACACAUCCAAAGGAGGAACCGAUGGCCAGAAGAGCAAGCCUUCGCCUGCUUUAAACAACAAUAACCAAAUGAAAACUGACACCUUGUAAAUGUGUAAUAGUCAAUGCAAGAGUUUGUAAUGGAGAAAACCAAGAUCAUAGACAUAAUGUUCAGUCAUUCCUGCUUAAUUUUGGGAGUUUCCACUUGGAUCACACUUCAUGACUGGAAUACUGUCUUCAUAGUAAAGCACAUUGCUCUUGAUUCAUGAUUUAUACAAGAUAUCAAUUGAAAAUAUGUUUCAGAAUUAAAGCAGCAGGUGGGUGCAAGCUGUUUUAGUUCUGAGAGCUGAAUCCGGCUUCCAGACAUAUGAAUGAGGUAUUUUUUUACUUCAGUGAGAGUUUUGCAUUCUUUAUACAAGAUCAGGAUUCAUUUCUUAGAAGAUGUAGUGAGUCUAUGUGUACAGCAGCUCAUCAAGGCUCUGGAGUGGUAUUUUCCUCCCUUCUGUAUCUGAACAGAGGGUGAGACAGACACUCUAUUUUCCACACAUAAGCCAAACAUUGCAUUUCUGUGGAUGUACUGGUGUACUGACUGUAAUGGUGUCUUUGAAUCAAAUUUGUAAACCAGAGAGAAGAAUAUUUGUGUAAAAGCAAAUAUUAACAUUAGAGACUUUCCUCACAGGUUUUUCAUACUCACCUACAUUGAGAAUGGGAAUACAGUGUGUCUACUCUGUUCAUCUUUUGUGGUCAAUUUUAUGGUAGAUAAUGUAAUACAAUUGGUUGAUUUCUCACAGAUUUACUUUACACAAUAUUCUUCCUUUAGAAAAGAUUGAAUAUUAAUUGAACCUCAUUUAUUUACCAAAAUAUCUAUAUAAAAUGUCAUUUGAAGCACUUUAGCACACCUUACACAUUUGCAACAGACUGGAGAUUAUAGCAUAUGACCUGUGAUCAUCUGGAGUGGCAACUGGACACUAAACAGGAUAUCCUAGAUCAUCUCAAAUGAUGCUAAACCAAAAGAAGAAGCCCUUUUGACUGUAAUGGUAGCUGAUAUACUUGACUCACGUCUACAUCUAAUCUCGAACAAAACCCACUGCUGGCGUCUAACCUAAGACAACCUUCAAGGUUCCCUAUAGUGGAGAUAUGUUUCCUUCCAUAUGUGAUGAUAAACACAUGUCCAAGGACAAGAUUAAUUGCUUUAUGGAGGUGCUUGUCUCCUUUCACUGACUUUAGAAGCAGCUUUGAUCACUAGUUCAAAGAUCUAAUUUUGGAUAGCUAGAGAGGGAUUUAUUUUGCCUAAUUUGGGGUGAAUCCAGUGUAGAUGUUUGCACACAAUCCAUUUUCUAAAUACCCACAGUAGUCCAUAGAGUUCUAGGAAAUUAUUCCUUUUCUUUUGAAAGAGACAUCUUUAUUGGUCAGGGGAGCUGAUCAACAGAACUCAGUGACCGUACCUUCACUGACUGUAACAGAGAUCAGGUAGCUCACUUCAGGCAAAGGCAGGUGAUAUUAAUUCCAUAAAUAGUGUACCUACACUUCGUAUUUGCAGUUCAUAAAAUAAAAAUAUUAUUUUCCACUUAAUUUUAAAACUCAGCUCAAAUUCCAACUGGAUUUCCGUUUUUCCAGGUAAGACAUCGUAACAGUGACUGUGCAGAUCAGAUUACAAUUUGGGUUGUACUACAGAGCAUUAUAGUGAUUUACACAACAUGGUUGUACUAUCUCUAAAUCAGACUAAGGAUCUAUGUGCAAGUACAGAGUCAAUGAGCUUAUUUUAACAUUAGACUUGAAAUGCACAUUACUCUUAGCAUUUCUUAGCAGUGCUGUUCAGUGUAGAGGAGCUAGGUCUCUGGUAAAUCCAUGUCAGGUAUUGAAAUGGGACAAUGAAGAAUUCAGGUUGCUGUUACAUUCCAGUUUGGGUUUCCUGAUCUGGCUAUUAUGAAAAAUAUUUCUGUAGUAAUAUUAAUUUUUACAGCAAAUAUACUGCUUCUGAAGCCAUAAAGAUGUAUUAAAUAUCACCCUUAUGUUGCUAGAGUGAUAGAAAAAUAUCAAAGAACCACAGUAUUUUAAAUGUUCUAUCUGCUCGCCAUAAGCCUAUGUAAAGUACAGCAAAGCAACAAAUGUGAUAAUUAUUUUAGCUGCUUUCAUGUUCUUCACAUGAUUUUGGAUAAUCUCAGAAGUUCAGUACCCUCAGACUCAUACAGUAGUAGGCUGAUAAGAAGCUGAAAACUUUGUUGGUAGAGGUAAUAAAGAGAUGGGACAAAUAUAACCUGGUAGCAGAAAAUAAAAACAUUGUGGCUAAAAGUAGCAAUCAUUAAUAGGUAGGUUUUACCUGAAACAUAAGUUUGUAAGUCUGAAACAAUUUUGAUAUGUGUUGUCAUUCUUCCUGACUUCCACAGCAAGAUAUGGAACACAAAAUCAAUGUACAUUUAUAUCCACAUGUAAAAUUUCCCCCAGAGUAAAUAAGGAGUUUCAAGAGUCUCUGAAACUUGUAGGAAAGGAUAUAAAAUUUGAUUCCUUGACAAUCCUACUUUUUCUGGCUUCUCUGAGUACUCAAAAUUGUGACUUGAAAGUCAAAAUUUGUUGUCUGACUAAUAGAUAAACUAUUAUUAGAAGUAAAUUGGUAGAUCUUGGUUUAUCACUUGCUGGAAUGAGUCAGAAUAGAGUCCAAAAAUUAUUGGUUUAGCUUCAUAAAAUAAAUUUAAAUGUUGGAACCAUUUCUUUGGCCAUAAAAAUGAGCUGCUAUCACUCUUGAUACUCAUGAGAAGACUUGGAAUUUGUAUAAAGUCAUUUUACAAAUUACAUCUGCUCUUUAAAAACUAAAUACCACUUUAAGAAUCCUUGUUCUCAUAUGUUCCCAAUGAAGCUCACACAAGUAAUUGAAGAGAAUCACAGAAUCAUGGAAUGGCCUGGAUUGGAAGGGACCAUAAAGAUCAUCUAAUUUCAACUGCUCUGACCUGGUCAUGGACACCUUCCACUAGACCAGGUUGCUCAAAGCCCCAUCCAGCCUGGCCUCGAACAUUGCCAGGGAUGGAGCAUCCACCUCUCCAGGCAACCUGUGCCAGUGUUUCACCACUGUCACAGAGAGAAGUGUUCCAGAAUUGGAUCCUUCCUCACAAAUGAUGGAAGAUUUUUGGAACAGUGCUAAACUAUCAGGUGUGGAUUUUACCACCACAGCAUUACCUGAAAGGGACUCUGCAGUGCAUGGUGGUUGCAAAGUCAAUGGAGCUAUUAUUGUGCCAGGUACUGGUACUUGUUGAGUCCUGAUGUAUGGACAAUAACUCACACCUAUUAAAAUAAUUUUUAUCCAUGUAUUACUACAAAGCAUUGCAUUUGAGUUGAUGUGGAAAUCAAUCAAAUCCAUAAAAUUAAAAUUUUCCUGAAAGUCAUUCAAAUGCAUAAAAAUUAUAUUAAUUUAGAUGACUAAAUGCAGCUCUCAAUGGUGAAAAGUCUUCGUGUAGGAAUGUAUAUUUCUACCUACAUCAGAAGCCUUAAAUUAAUUUUCUCCCUUUUCAUACUUUAAUUCAAAAUCUAUUUUUUCUCAAAUUAAGUCUGAAGGAAAACUUCAUAAAUGCACCGUCAAGAGAGGUGAUAUGGUUAUAGCGUGAUUUGAAAGUGUAGUCAGGAAGAACAUAUCAGCUCUGAACAGAUUCAUGCAUCUUUGAGGAAAUUAAUACUUUUGUUGUAUAAAAGUAUUUACACCAGCAUAUCUGAUAUAGGCACUUUAAGAAAAAAAGAGGAAUAAAGUCAGGUACAUCCUGUGCUCUGCACAAGGUAACUAGUGAAGGAAAAACUAGGGCCUCAGGGACAAAGUCUGUUUCCAGAAAAUGUGGAGUGUUUUCAAACUUUUAGUGUUAUCUUGAUUAAAAAGUGUUGUCUUUUCUAUUGAUUAAAAGAAGUAAAUGUAUUCUAGAAUUGUUCUUACAGUAGAACUCAGAUUAGAAAACAGCUUACUCUCGCAUAGAUGGGUGAAGACCAGUUGUAAAUUCUGUUUUAGUAAAGAGAGAAGUGGAGGUGUGGUAAUGUCUAAAUGAGACUGAAACAAUGCAUUAGUCUUAUCCUGUCUUUCUGUACAAGUGAAAAUGUCACUCUCAAAGAAGAAUUAAAACUAAAGGUACAGUCCUAUAACUGUUUGAUGAGAUUUCUCACUAAAUUAUUGACUGAAUGAAAUAAUUCUGCCUUGCUCAUUCUCAGAGGCAGAAGUGCGUUUCUGUCUCUCCACUUCUUCCUUUAAGAAAAUACUUAGACAAAAAUUUUUGCUUUCAUUUCCCAAUUGUAUUUUAAUGAAUUGCACAAGUCUGGGAAUUUGCCAAUGAAUAAAUAUAUAUGGAAGAUUGUAUAUAUUUCUUAAUAUGUAUAUAACACAAUUUUGGUCAUCUGAACAAUUUGUUGCACUUAAAGAUGUUUACAGAUUUAAUGGAAAAUGAGGAAGACAAUUUAUUUUCAGUCAUCUAUUGAUAUGUUGCUAGUUUAACUGGAUCUUGCACAUCAUUAUUAUCUAUAAUAAUAAAUCUGUAUUUUACCUCAA